AGCUCGGACUGCCUGCGUCGCAGCUCUGCGCGAACCUGUGCAGCGGACGGCGGAUAAAGCACUGCCUUUAUCAUCGGCCAACCCGGAAAAUGUAGACACCAAAGUCCUCAGGAUGAUCCGCUGAGUGGCACUUCCCCACGUUCGCUGUGAAGCCGUUUAUUCGAGUUGGAAGGUUUCUGAUUGGAAGGCAUGGGGAAUCUGAUUAAGGUUCUCACCAGGGACAUUGACAACAAUUCUGGGAACUUUUUCCUGGAUUUCGAAAAUGCCCAGCCCACUGAGGCAGAGAAGCAGCAAUGGGAGCAGGUGAACGAGGUCCUGAUGGAGGCACAGGGCAUUUUGCAGGACCUCCAGUCUUACAGUGGGGCAGGAGAAGCCAUCCGACAGGCCAUCCAGCAGCCCAACGAUGAGCGUGUGCAGGAGACGGCCUGGGCUGCUGUGGUCCCUCUGGUCAACAAACUGAAGAAGUUUUAUGAGUUCUCUGUAAAGCUGGAGGGCACCCUGCACGGACUGCUGGGCUUCCUGACGAGCGCCCACUGCAGUCCCACGCAGCACCUGGAGCAGGAGCAGGCGCUGGCGCGCCAGUUCGCCGAGAUCCUCCACUUCACGCUGCGCUUCGACGAGCUCAAGAUGACCAACCCGGCCAUCCAGAACGACUUCAGCUAUUAUCGCAGGACCCUGAGUCGCAUGAGAAUCAACAACAUGGCGACAGAGGAGGAGAAUGAGGUCAACAACGAACUGGCCAAUCGCAUGUCUCUCUUCUACGCCAACGCCACACCCAUGCUGAAAACGUUAAGUGACGCCACCACCAAGUUUGUGUCUGAGAAUUCAGAUUUACCCAUAGAGAACACAACGGACUGUCUGAGCACGAUGGCGAGUGUGUGUAAAGUCAUGUUAGAGACACCAGAGUACCGUAGCCGUUUUGCCAGUGACGACACAGUGUUAUUCUGCUUGCGUGUAAUGGUGGGAGUCAUCAUCCUCUAUGACUACGUUCACCCUGCUGGAGCCUUUAUCAAAUCUUCCAAAAUUGAUAUGAAAGGAUGCAUUAAGGUUCUUCGUGAUCAGCCACCGAACAGAGUGGAGGGUCUCCUUAAUGCCCUCAGGUACACAACAAAACAUUUGCAUGACGAGACUACCUCCAAGCAAAUCAAAAACAUGUUACAAGUCUGACAGCGUCGACAAAAAGGAACAUCAUCUUUCUGAAUGAAGGCGCUGUAGCAGAGAUGACAGGGAUGACCGUGUGUUUGGGACGUGACAGGGAUGACCGUGUGUUUGGGACGUGACAGGGAUGACCGUGUGUUUGGUUCAUGACAGGGAUGUGACAUGGAUGACCGUGUGUUUGGGACGUGACAGGGAUGACCGCGGUGUUUGGUUCAUGACAGGGAUGUGACAUGGAUGACCGUGUGUUUGGGACGUGACAGGGAUGACCGUGUGUUUGGGACGUGACAGGGAUGACCGUGUGUUUGGGACGUGACAGGGAUGACCGUGUGUUUGGGACGUGACAGGGAUGACCGUGUGUUUGGGACGUGACAGGGAUGACCGUGUGUUUGGGACGUGACAGGGAUGACCGUGUGUUUGGGACGUGACAGGGAUGACCGUGUGUUUGGGACGUGACAGGGAUGACCGUGUGUUUGGGACGUGACAGGGAUGACCAUACCACGCAACACUGUGGUGUUGCUUUGAAGCUAAAUAGUAGUUAUUAGCAAUAAUUUGUGUUCAACACUCUGAAAAGGAGAUCCUCAGCUGUGUGUGUGUUUCUUUUACUUUUUCUUUUAUUGUGUGUUUUUCUUUUUUUAUGCUUGACCAAGCCAAGAAAAAACUUUUUCGUUUGUGUAAUUUAGCUCUCAUUUUUAAUGAUGACUUUUGAUAACUUUUAAACAAAAUAAAGAAUCUUAUUAUGGGUGGUAAA